CAUUGAACUAUUACGGGUUGUUGCCGCUGACGUUGACCCGCCAGUACACCUACGGCUCAAUUUAGACUUAACCACAUCCACCAGUACCAAACACAGAUCCCAGGAAAUAAACGGUUUUAUGAAUAAACUGUAUUAGGAGGCAGUUAAAGAUAGUAACUUUCAAUUCUUGCUGGUUGCUUGAUCAUCUUUCUUUCUCUUCCUGUUCAAAACCCAUCAAACAUUUCCCAUAAAGUUUCUUUUGUUCGGCUAAUUAGAGAAAGCUGCAUAUGAUUCUCCAUUUUUCUAUUGGUCGAAAGUGAUGCUUGCUGGGCAGUAAGUUUCAUGGUUUCAAGAUUAAGGAAUUGAGCAGUGAAAAUGGAUGAUAAUCCGCAGUCUGAUAAAGGUUAUAGACAUGAAGGAAACUCAUCCAGGGCAGAAGGCAUGCAAGAUGUAGAAAGUACCAUGGAAGUUUUAACCAGAUCUGACUUGGAUUUGGCUUAUUCUUCUGAGAAGUUGGUAAAUUUGCAUGUCAUUUUGAUGCAUCUAUUGGCUUGGGAUAAUGACUUUGAGCUAAUGACCUUGGAGAAUAGCUCUCUCUCAGAAACAUCCAUUGAAAAGGCACUUGUAUUUGAUCUUCUAUCUGGUAUUUUGGAUUCUGAGGUAAGAGAGGUGGAGAAUUUCAUGGAUAAUAUCCAAGCAGAUAUUGUUGAUGUUCGUCAUAAAAUAUUUUCAUGCAGACACCCAACAGAAUUAUUCAAAAUCAUGGAAGAGAAAUUACGUGAGUCUGAGGAAUCAUUGAAGAAGACACAAGUGUGGGUUCUAGAGGUGAAGACGCUGUCAGUCAAGUUGCAGAGGGUCUAUUCACCUUUCAUGCUUGAGAACUGGAAAGAUGAUAAGUCCAUAGAGUUAUCUGCCAAUGGUCAACUGCCAAAUUUUAAUGCAAAUUCAAAGGAGCAAACAGUUGAACAACAAAGAAAUAUUUUAAGAAUGUUGGAGAAGUCUCUUGCAAGUGAACUAGAUCUUGAGAAGCAAUCGUCAGAGCUAAGACAGAAUGAAGAACAGCUGAAAUUAAAGCUUCACUACACUGAACAGGUAGCUUUUCGCAUGGAGGAAGCAGCAGAAGUGGUUUGGGGAAGGUUUUUAGAGGCUGAAAAUGCUGCUGAGGUGCUCAUGGGGAUUUCAAAGGAAUUGGUUGGUCGACUUCAAGUGGUUCAAUUUAAUCUGAAUGGCUCGCUUCAACGAGAAGCUAAAUUAAAAUCCGAACUCCAAGGCUUCACAAAACAGUUAGAUGCCAAAGAUAGUAUUUUGAAAAAGCUUGAGGGUAGCAUUGCAGAACACAAAGCCAAAAGCUCUGAAGUUCCGGCUUUAAAGGAAAAAGUAAAUUCACUUGAGGAACGGCUGAAAAGAGCUGAAUUACAUCUUAAGAGUGCAAAUGUUCUCAAUGAAGAAAGUCAAGAUCAGCUUAAUGAGAUGGAGAAUAUAGUUGAAUCUCUGAAAGAAAGUAUCUAUGAAGCAGAAAGUAGGGCUGAUACUGCAGAAGCCAAAGUUGCACAAUUAACGGAUACAAAUGUGGAGCUCACGGAGGAAAUUAAUUUUCUUAAAAGUAGCGGAGAUAGUAAUACCAAGAAGGUAAGCUUACUUGAGAAGCAGGUUAGGGAAUUGGAAAUCCAACUACAACAUUCAAAGGCAUCAUCUGAAGCAAGUCAAGAGCAACAGAAUAUGUUGUAUGCUGCAAUAUGGGAUAUGGAAACAUUAAUUGAAGAUCUAAAAUCAAAGGUAUCCAAAGCUGAAAGCAAGACUGAGGGUGUAGAAGAGCAAUGUAUAAUAUUAUCUGACACUAAUAUGGAACUUGAUAAAGAAUUAAGUUUCUUAAGGUCUAGAGUGAAAGCCUUGGAAGCUUCUUUGGAUCAAGUUAACAAGUUGAAAGCAGCAACUGCGAAAGAAAUUAAUCGGAGGACCAGGCUUAUAAUGGAUACUGCUAUGCAACUAGCUAGAGAAAGGGAGCAGAUCCAGAAUCAGCUAAUUGCCUUGACAAAGGAGAACGGAGUAUUGGUGCAAAAGUUAAGAAAUGCUAAAGGAGAUGCUCCUAUAAUUGCAUUCCAACAUGGAGAUGAUAAUGAUAAAAAGACAUUCUUUUCAGAAAACUUAUCUACUGAAACUUGUAAGAGAGCUUCUGAGGAAGCAGUGCCCCUCUCUAAAAGUUCUGAGGCGGAUAAAGUCUUCAAAGAUGGAUCUCGACGAGAGAUUGAAACGGAGAGUUCUGAUUCAAAGCUUAAAUUGGAGAAGACAGAACAGAAAGAGGAAGCUCAUCCAAUACGUAACUUUAAGGCUGUUCUUGUUGCAGUAAUUGCAGUGAUAGUGAUAUAUUUGUUACACAAGAAAAAACCUGUCCUGUUUGACAACUUUUACAAUAGCUAGUUUUUUAUGGUACUGUGCUUGUAUGUUGUAUUGGUGUGCUGGAAUUGUGUUUCAUAGUUGCACAUAGUUAUUCUUUUCUUUCUUUUUUCUUUUUAGCGUUCUUCAUGGAAAGUCUGGAAUCUUUGUAAUGAAAAACUUACCAUCAUCCAAUUCUUUGAUUGUAAUACUUUCUAUUCUGUAUGA